GCGAAUUCACGGCAGCUCAUGCCAUCUAUAUUUUUGUUUAAAAAAAAUUACACUGUAUUUGUGAUAUAUUAUAUGAUUUAUUCAAAGACCUAACCAAGCACUAAACCGAUAGAAACGAGUGUCACAUGGAAACCACAGCGGUGUCUCUGUCUUUGUUUUGUUCGUGACAUUGUCUGAAAUCUCGUCUCUGGGAGCUUUAUAAGAUGGUUAAAUUACACGACAGCUACAAAAGGUUUUUGCAAAUAUAUACAUUGUCCUCAAACAUUAUAGGCACACCACUUUUGGCUAGCAGAUUUGUUCCUGCACAUCAAAAUAGACAUGAAAUCCGCUUUAAGACUUCAGGUGCUGGUGAACGAGCUCUACAGGAGAGACAGAGGCAGCACAUGGCCAGAGGUUUGCCAAAACAAAAGCCCAUAGCUGGAGUCAAAGAGGUCAUUGUUGUUGCAUCAGGGAAAGGAGGGGUGGGAAAGUCCACAACAGCAGUGAAUCUUGCUCUUGGACUUAUGGCUAACGAUCAGAGUAAAUCGGUGGGUAUUCUAGAUGCUGAUGUCUAUGGCCCCUCCGUUCCAAAGUUAAUGAACCUAAAAGGAAACCCUGAAUUAACUGACAAGAACUUAAUGAGGCCACUUGUGAAUUUUGGAAUUCCUUGUAUGUCAAUGGGCUUUCUGGUUGAAGAAGUUGCACCUAUUGUGUGGAGGGGUCUGAUGGUGAUGUCAGCUAUUGAGAAACUCAUUAGACAGGUCGAUUGGGGGAAUCUGGAUUACCUAGUGAUUGAUAUGCCACCUGGAACUGGAGAUGUCCAACUGUCUAUUACUCAGAAUAUUCCUAUAGCAGGCGCUGUAAUUGUGUCUACGCCUCAAGACAUUGCCUUGCUAGAUGCACGAAGAGGUGCCGAGAUGUUCAGAAAGGUUAAUGUUCAGGUGCUGGGUCUAGUUCAGAACAUGAGUGUUUUCCAGUGUCCCAAAUGCAGUCAUCAAACACACAUUUUCGGCUCGGAUGGGGCUAAAGAGCUGGCUCAGACCCUUGGUGUUGAGAUGCUUGGAGACAUUCCUCUUCAUCUCAACAUAAGAGAAACAUCAGACAAGGGACAGCCCGUGGUUGUGUCAUCCCCAGAUAGUCCAGAAGCCGAGGCUUACAGAAGAGUUGCAGCUGCAGUAGUACGCCGACUAGCGGAGCAUCCAAGAUAAAUGAUGUCCACAUUUAAUGUAGUUUUGCUGACCUGAGGAAAAUAUCAGUAUUGUAUCAUUGUCUCCUACUUGUUUACUCAUUUAAAUUGGUAACACAUACCCAUUAGAAUAUUAUCAUUUAUGUUCUUUAUUUAUGCACUGACAUACAGUUCAUGUUAUUUAGAGAUUCAAAUAUGUAAUGAAAAUAAGAACUCAUCGCAGUUAUGAUCAUGUUAUAAGUGCCCUAAUGUAAUGUCCAUUUCCAUGUACAAAUCUCAGAUGUGGAUCUUUUCCCACUAGAAUAGACUGACAAGUUUUUUAAAUAAAAGGAAAUGGGUCAAAGGGCAGGUUUUGGGCAGCUUCAGCAAAGUGUCAUUCCUCAUCCAUAAAAAUGUUCAUUACAGAUCUUGACCACUUGAUGGCAGUGCAUAUGUUUUCAUACAUCUGCUUGUGCUUUGUUUGAUUUAUAGUGAUAGCUAAAUUAGAUCUUUCACUUAAACCAUGACAAAUUUUCUUCUUUUGACAGUAACAUGAUUGGACUCUUCUGUUACUUAAUUACAUUUAAUAAAGAUAAACGGUCCUGGUCCAAUAGGAAAAGUUGGAUGAAGUUUUCACGGGAUGAGAAAAGCAGGGUCACUUCCUGCAUAUUUUCACAGCUCCCUUGACUCAGCUGAAACAGCCGUAUUCAGUCCACCCCUGUGGAACACUGGCCAGACAGACCAGUCUGUGAUUCAUCACAGCAAUGAAGCUAUUUUGCUUUCUUUUAGUCUCAAUUGCUUAACUGUUCCCAGAAGACCGACCCUGGGGGUUUCAGCUGUACAAUGACCUCAGCUGAAUUUGGACAGUUUCACAUUUGGCGUUAUUUAUUUUCUCUUUGUUUUCACGAUAAAGAAAGCGUUAUCCAAUGACCGAUGUCAUUGAGCGCAGUGCUGUGACUCACAUUCCCAUGAGUGUAUCAUUGAGGUGUAAACAGCAAAUAAA